AUGGCUCGGAAGCGCAGGUUCGAAGAAAUGCUCGACAAAAACAAUCGAAGCAAUCGCGGCAUUGACUACACCGAGACUCUCCCUGCCACGGCCAGUUUUCUGUCUACACCCAAGCCAGCGGAUUCACUGGUGGAAACAUGCGACAAAGUGGAAAGACUAGCUUCCAUUGUUAGAAGAGGCAAAAGCCUUGCUAUUCACACAAAGAAUGCAACGCCUCAGCGUGAUGCUAUCACCGAUGCCAAGGCAACGAUGACCGCCCUCGAGAUCGAACAGUACGAAGCCUACAUUCGUGGUGAUAUCGUCCCCACUGUCGAGUGGGCCAAAGCCCAGGGGCCUCCUAUGAUUCCAUAUGGCCUAGAAGACAGUAAUCGCGCUGUUCAGUUCCUGCAUGCUGCCAGAGAAAUUUGCCGCAACCUGCAGAUCAGCCCACACGCCACAUCUCAGUUCAUCGCCAACUUUCCAUGGGCGAUGCCUCUCAUCAAUGCAGUUAUGAAGGUGCAGGCUUCGCAGCAGAAGUAUGUGGACGAUCAAAUCAACCGCACUGAAGCCGAAAUGGAGCUUGUGGAACUGAAUACAACACGCAGUAUUGUCACUGUUGCUAUGAAAACCCUCGCCGAUGAACAACAGCGCGUGAGCGAGGAACAACGGCGAGUGGACCGACUGGCGGCCAAAAUUCGCAUGGCCUGUGAGGUCAUCCAGGACCGCGGGGAUUCCAUCCAAUCGCAAGAAGAAUACUGA